UGUUCGAACGCUGAUGGCAUUUUAAUUACAAUAAACAAGGAAUAACGAGGAUAACCAGCGCGCAGAUCGCAGAGCUGGACAGGGGCCAUAUUAUAUGCACAUGAUGCUCCUUUUAGAAUAGCUGUAAGGGGUGGACUGGCCGGGGAGGCUACAGUUGUGAUGGGGGAAACUCUGGUCAUGGUGGGAGGUGCGCUGGUCGUGGUACUGUAGUCGGGUUCGUGGGAGCGUCUGUGGGGACACUUGUAGUUGGUGUGGUGGUCGUGGCAACUACCGGCGUCGCGGGGGUUUUCUUGGUGGUGGUUGGCUCGAUGGUGGACGGUUUCGACGUCAUGGCGUCCUCGCAAAUGGAUGCUCUCGGGCAUCCGUCAUAGGUGGGGCUGGUGCACGCACAGCGGGACGAGGCCACCCAUGGUGAGCGUGAGGCAGUUGGGGCAGUUUGCAGGGUCGGACGAGCGAUCACAUUUCGUGCCAUGGGACAAUAAGCACUCCUUCGUCGCUACUAAUCAAAGCGCAUCAUUCUUCGCAGUUGCUGCCGCCACGACCACGGCAACGGACGGAUACAACAAUAGUCGACGGGUGAGGCAUGGUAGCGUCAAAUCGGAAGUGCUCUCCGAGCGUCAACGCUCAGUGCUCAGUGAUGUCUUGAGUGACGACCUCAUUCUGCAUGAACCCCGCCAUGUUGCGCGGUUGUUGCUGGCUCUUGAUGUGAGAACAUGAU